AGGCACUACUGUGUUUCAAGAUUAAUACAUUUUUUAAGCAAAAUGAGCUUAGUAAGUGCUGUGUUACAAGAAGUUGAUUCUACAAAAAUGAAGGAUUUUAAGAAAUAUAACGACGAAUUAACACCAAGGCUUAAAGAUCUUAUCGAACGUGUUGAAAUAUUAUCAUGGACAUUGCAGCAACAUUUCGUUGAUUCGUACCUCAACUACACCACAACGAAAAGCCUGGACCGAUUGAACUACAAGAAUAGAAAGGGAAACAUCAUCAAUGACUACGCUACUAUUACUGAAGAGUUAAAAUCGUUGCGAGUAAAGUUCGAUAUAACUGAUGAAGAGUUCAAUGAACGUUGUGAAAAGUUAAAUAAAUCUAUGGACGUUUUAAACGAGUUUUGUGUUGCAGCUGAAGGUAAGCGCGUCUUACAAGUUGCCGACCACGAUUUCAGGAGACAUGAUUACUGUGAAGCUAUGUUAGCCAUUAAAAAGCUUCAAAAUCAGAUUCAGCUACUAAAUUUUAAAGGUGACGCAGCUAAAGCCUUGUUGAACUUGAUAGCGCAAGCUGAAAACCAGUUGUCACUGUAUACUGCACAAUUAAGUGUGGAGUGGGAAGAUUUAUUCUCAUGGUCUGAGGUCAAAAGUCUCCAUUUCCUAACUUACUCUCUGUCUGUUCAACAGAGUGACCCUAUCAUGCUGCAGAAAGUUCUCAGGACUUUAUAUGUAACAAAAAGAUUAAAUGCAGAGUUAGGCCAGUUCUCCCAUUUCUUCCUAGAUCAACUUUUACACAAUGUGAUAAGACAUAACUGUGAGAUAUUUACUGAAGACCACAUAGGUGCUGUUUUCUUCAAUAUAAAAAUAGAUUUGGCUAACAAGGCUAAACCAAACUAUCAGACAAUAUUCAAUAACUUAACGGCCAUCUUUGAGUUCCUGCAAUCUACUCUGGGCUCUCAGUUGGAAGGGGAUCAAAACUUCAUUGAGAUUUUUGCAAAUUCAAUCAGACAAAAAUUCUUUAAUAAAAUAAUAGAUGACUGUAUCAGGAAUAACUUACCGUCCUGUAACAGUACUUAUGAGAACUAUACAAACCUUGUGGUUGAAUUAGAUGCCUUCAACAAGUUCCUCAUUGACUCCAGAUUUGUAGAAGCCUCAAAGUCCCCGCUGAACAAGUAUAUCGACGAUACAGAGUGCGUCCUCUACAAUAAGAAGUGUGACAAACUGCUGAAUGAUGUCCGGAGCUUGUUAAGCCAAAGUCUCUCGUACGGAACAGAGGUUGUUGGAAUGGAGGGGGUGAACGAAAAUGAGUCCAUGCUGGAAGUAACGAAAAAGACUGAAUAUACCUGGGAUUUGAACAAGCCGGUGUUUUUACCAAAGUGUGUAAUAUCACAGAAUGUGAAAAGAAUUUUGAGGAUGAUUUUAGAGCACUUAGAGGAGAGUAUUAAGUUGCCCGAGAAAUAUAGCACUCAGUUGGUGUCAUACAUCAAGGAUAUAACUGGGAUGUAUCAAAGCAUUGUGCCUAAGAAGUUUAAGAUUAAUUUGGAGUGCUGCCCUCUGGAUAUAGCUCUGUUCUUCAACAACUGCUUGUACCUAGCCCACGGGCUCCUCGGUCCCCCGUGGCGCACCAGCCUGCCCGGCCCGCUGGCCGACCACCUGACCAUGCUAGUCUGCAUCCAGGACCUGAGGGUGCUCGGAAUGGAGAAGAUCUCCCUGUAUUUGCAGCAACAGAAGAAUGUCAUUACUCAGAGCAUUGAGCCUAGUGAACUGUCACCCUGGUCCAAAACCACCUACGAGCAAUUCGACACAGCGGUGAACAACGCCAUAAUCCUGAUGAAAGACCUCAAAUGCAGCUGGCAUCACAUCCUGCCCACCCGGAUGUAUGAGUUGGCCAUGUGCACUCUGGUGCAAGCGUUCUGUCAGUCCGUUCUGCAGCGAAUCUUCGCGGACAGCAGGCCACUGCAGGAAGACUUGGUCUAUAUGUUAGCAGUGAGACUGCAGGACUCGGUUGAAGAUAUUACUGCACUUUUUGAGAAGCCAAUAGAACUGGACAAGAAAGUCAACGUCUGGACGAAGUUCACCAAAAUGCCGCAACUGCUUAAAGCGCAGCUCCUAGAGACCGCGGACGGGUGGAAGAACAAGGAACUAGCGCAGAGCUACACCUGCGAGGAAGUCCGCCAGAUCGUCAAGAUGAGGUUCCCGGAUAACAAGUACAGGCUCAACAUGCUCAAGGAAAUACACAUACUAUGCCAUAAUAAGUGCCUUAAGUUUAUUAAUUAUUUUAUGAAAAAGGUUUUCCAAAAAUGUACCGUAUGCAUAAGUAUUCACGACGAGGAACUAACACAGUUUACGUUUUCUUUCCAGACGGCAUUCCUGAUCAUAGCGUUAGUGAUCGUCGUCAAUGAAGGUGGCGCGACGGCACAAGAUGACAUCAUCACGGCGGACCAGGUCGCCGACGAGGUCAAGAACCGAGCGGUCACGAUAAUCGAGGGUCCCAAGUACGUAGUACCCCUCGACCAACCACACAUACCACCGGCCAACCAGACGCAGCCCGAGCAGCGGCCGCCCAGCAAGCCGCCUCAUCCCGCGCCAGACAAAAAGAAACAGAACCUCAUCGAGCAUCCACCCAGACCAUUCCAUCCCAUCCGGCUGAGCGGUCCGCCUCCGCGACAUGUCUAUAAAAAACCCCUGAACAUCAGACACUCCAACAACUUGUACAGAGUCAUUCCCCUCCACAGAAAUUACCACUAUACCAAGCAAACCACGCAUUCCACCCAACCGCUUGCCUUCGCUGCCUCCAGCGGCAGACCCGUGCGCGUUCCGGUACAACAAGUUCCCCCCAAGUUCAGUGUACCUAUCGAAACCAUAAACGGCAUACGCGCCGACGAAGUGAGGCCGCCGAAGGGCUACGAGCGCAACACCACGACCACCACCACCACUACCACGACCACGACCACCACCCAGAAACCUUUGAGGAACAAAAGGAUCUGGCCCAAAAACUACGAGAAAAACAUAUUUCACAGCAAAACAGCGGCCGUCGCGAGCAAUUUCACAACUAAAAAGGAACAAUUGAACAGCACAAGCACUAGCACAGACCUAGAAAUUGCAUCCGCGACUUACCACCGCUUUCAAUACACCACCACAAACAGAACGGCACGGCCGACCACGACGCUCGCCCCGCUCACGGUCACGCGCGGCGUCCGCCGGUUCACCAGGGUGCCCAACCACACCUCCACCACCGCCGCCUACGACACUAACUACACCAGAAUAGAACCCAACGACUGGGUGCCCAUAGUACCUUCGCAUUAUCCUAACAACAAACCCAAAUUUCACAAUAACAAUAAGCGCCGACCCGCCCGACCCAUCCGGCCGACAUCGAUAUCCAAGCGAUCCGAUAACGGCGACGUCGAAUUUACAAGUCCCGAGGAAAACUCGGAAAACCGUGAAGUCAGACCUGAAGAGACCAAUAAGCGCACAGUUUACCUUCAACCAUUCGGACUCGUUCCGGUGCCGCCGCAGGGUCAGGGCCUGGCCAGCGGGAGGAAAAAGAUGGUAUUCUUCCGCAAGCGGAAGCGGCCACUGAACAUGCAUGUCUUUCCUGGUUACAGCCCCAAGCCCGGCGGGCGCCCACACGUCCCCGCGUUUGCUCUGGGGGACCUGCACCCCGACGGCAGCGGCCAGCCGCGCGUCAUCACCAGGAUCAAGCACCACCACCACCACCACCAUCACCGAUACAUCAAAACCGUCGAGAAACCCGUCAAGGUCCCGUAUAAAGUCGAAGUGCCCAAACCUUACCCGGUCACGAUAGAGAAAAAAGUGCCCGUAGCCGUAGAAAAGAUCAAAAUUGUGGAGAAGCCCGUGCCGUAUCCGGUGCAAGUGGAGAAGAGAAUCCCGUACCCGGUUCAAGUGCAAGUGCCCCAUCCGGUUCCAUACAAAGUGAUCGAAAAGGAGUACGUUCCGAAACCGUACCCGGUAUAUCAUCAAGUCCCAGUAGUGAAAGAAGUGGAAGUAAAGGUUCCGGUUCCACAACCCGUGCCCGGUACGAUAGUAGAAAAAAGGGUACCGUACCCGGUGCAAGUCCAGGUCCCGGUACCGGUCUACCACCCCUACCCGGUGAACGUGACCGUCGAAAAGAAAGUGCCGUACCCGGUGCCGGUGCGAGUGCUCGUGCCCCAGCCGUACCCCGUCGAGACCCGAGUGCCCUACCCGGUGGAAGUGAAAGUGAGGGAGCCGAUCGAGGUAGUGAAGCACGUGCCGGUCAAGGUCCCGGUCCCGCAGCCGUACCCGGUCAAAGUGCCGGUCCCCGUGGCGGUGGAGAAGAAAGUUCCCUAUCCCGUGGAAGUGGAGAAGAAGGUGCCGGUACCUUAUAGAGUGAUAGUGCCUCAGAAGGUGGAAGUGGAGAAAAAGGUGCCGGUGUACGUGCCGCGGCCGUUCCCGGCGGAGAAGCCGGUGCCGGUUAAAGUGUCGUAUCCCGUCGAUGUUCCAGUGUACAGCCAGCCCUCUGCGUACCUGAGCCAGCUGAGCCAGCCGUUCCAUUACAGCUACAUCUCGGACGCGGGCUCCUACACCUCGUACAGCCCGUCGAUGACGGGCGCGGACGUGACGAGCACGCCACACCACACCGUCACCGUGCACGGGAACACCGGCUUCGCAGGGUUCCAGUCGCGAUCAGACAAGACUGAGACCACCUCGGCGGAGAGCUUCGAAUCUACCGAGACCGCGGCCGCGACCACCGCAACAACCAGACAGGACGAUGUGACCAGUGUUACUAGUGCGACCACCCACGCCACGACGCAAACUAGUUAAACAGAUAUGUAGUCAUUUUAAUUUAUCGAAUGAACUCUUAAAAAUUAAUUUAUUAUGUAAAACUUCCAAGAAAAUAACAAAUUCUGACCAGAAUUCAAGUGCCAAUAACGUUCGAGUUCUAAAACAAUGUUGAAAUUUAAAAAAAACAUAUUGUCACGUUAAAAAUGACACUGAAAACUUGUGCGCGUCAGAGGUUAGGUAGGUAAAUGCAUAAUAAGUGUGUGUCAUCUGUACUUGAUUGUUAGAGUUGACUGAUUACCGCGUUUCGUAUUAUACUAGGUCGCAACUAUAACUAAAACCGAGCGGAUCGAAUUGCAUACAAUCAAAAUGCAGCAACGUUCAAGGCGACAUUUUCAUAAAACCUAUAAAGUGAAACGCGUUCAAAUGCGAUCCUAAAGAGCCUAAUAUCUGUUAUAUUUCAACCUUAUGUUUAUAAAUGUUCGGACAAAUAAGAUCAAUUACAAUACAACACGUGUGUUGUUGAUUUUUGAACGUUUUAAACGCUUGGCUGAAAUGACCUUUGCCGAACCAAAUAUUCAACCAAAAAUAAUUGUUUUAAUGGUAUUUAAUUUAAGUUAUAAAAAUGUGUUGCGAGAUGUGAGUGUAAAUAAUAGCCUCUAUUAAUCAAAAUAAUACAUUUGUAAAGAUAUAAAGGAUACGAGUAUAGAAAAACCCAAUUGCACUAGUGUCCCGAUAGCAUCCGUCGUAUUUGUGAACUAAGAAUAGAAGGCAUGAGUUUUGUUACACUAGUGCUUUGGGACAUCUGUAUGUGUAAUUUGUAUUUCUUUAAAAACUGAUAGAUUAUAUAAAGCUAUCAAUAAUUUAGAAGUGAAAAUACGAAUCGACACAACGAAUUUCGGAAAUCGAACACGAGGAGCUGAAAAUUUGAGUACGCUUCUUAGUGAUUUGAACAAUUUAGAUACCCUUAAACCAUAAAAUAUUAACACUGGACUCUAUCAGGCUGGAAAUUACCGCGGAAAUCUUUAUUUUGGCCAACCUCAACCCACAACCCACUUUACAAUGUAGGUACAGAGAAAUAAGUGUCCAUUUUUCCUUCAGUUGCUACUAAAAUGUUCAGCUCCUGAGUUCAAUAGUUCCUUUACAGGUCAUAUUAUUGUAGUGUUUCUAUUAUGAAAAGGGGCAUGAACUAAACAUUGUACAAAAUAUGGAGACUAAUAAAAAAAUUACAAUUAAUAUACCGAUUGUCUCUGUAAAAGCUGGUAGAUUCGCGAUUGACGAACGGUAAUAAAGUAAACAAAUGAAGCAUAUAUUUGUUUACUUUAUUUUGAUUGAGGUUGAAAACAGCAAUGUUACAUCGCUUCCCGAUUGUACUAAACUCUUCAUGUUUCAUGCCGCUUUUUAUAAUUAGUAACAGUUUAGUUGUUAAUAAGUUAUUGUUGUGUGAGUGCGUGGUGUGCA